UGUUUUUAAUAGUAAUAUUUAGAUGGGUUUUGUAAAGUUUUAGCCUGUGAUCUAGUCUGAUGAAACUAUUCCCACAUCGAGUGUGGGACUCGGCCUUACAUUACAGAUUGUUAUAACGAUCUGAUAACACAUUUAGAUUAAUUCACUCGUAAAUAAUUACCAUUAUUAUUUCUAAGUGUCCAACCGUCUGACGAUUAUUUUUUUUCACCUAAUCGGUCUGGUUUCAGCGUGUAGUCUAUGGUCGUUGUUGACACCUGAACUGUAUUAUUUAUUGUCAAAUAGUCAGUGUAGUGACAGUUUCACCAUGGACAGAGUUUUUGCAGCAGCGCUGUCCGUGACAGCAUUGCUGUACUUGGCCGCGGCUAAGGGCGGCGAGCGCGCGAUCCCGCGCACGCGUUUCACGUGCCAGGGGCGCGCGCCGGGCUACUACGCCGACGUCGACACCGGCUGUCAGGUGUACCACAUGUGCGACGGCAUGGGUCGGCAGUUCAGCCACGCGUGUCCGAACACCACGCUGUUCCAGCAGCGCAUGCUGGUGUGCGAUCACUGGUACAUGGUGGACUGCGCGCAGUCAGAGGGCAACUACUACGCCAACCUGCUCAUAGGUCAGCGUGACAAGCCGUUCGUGACGGACGACGAGAUGCACCUGCGCACCCCCCGCCCCGACAUACUGUCCGUGCCCCUCAACAACAACUACUACGACGGACUCAAGGCCGCCGAGUCGAAGUACUCUUUAACACAAACGAACAGUAUAUCAGACGACGACGACACCAUAGUGACGAGUAGCAGCAACAACGACCUGGAUAGGGAUAAACACAAUUUCAACCACAAGCCUAGCUCCAGCAGCUUCGACUCAAAACCUAUCUCCAACAGUCUCAACUCAAAGCCAAUCCUCAACAAUUUCAACUCAAACCCUAGCACCGACAACUCGAACCCGAGCGGUAACAACUUCAACACAAGCGGUCACAACUUUAACCCGAGUUCUGGCGCCAGCAAUUUAGACAAUCCUAGAGACAGCAAUUUCCGAGCGACGACUCCGAACUAUCCACGGACAGCUCCCGAUGUUCCAUCUUAUAAUAAUAUUAACGGACUCGUCCCGCCGAACGAUGAUAAUGUUGAGCAGGAAUCGUCUACUAGAAGGGUAGCUCACAUUCCAAAUGUAGCAGUACCAUCCAGGGAACUCUCUCCACCAGUUUUACCCACCACUACGACCGCAGCGACUUCAGAAGAAUUCCAAAUAGACGUAAGAAUGAAACCCGCAGCUGACCCGGUCGUCAAGUUUAUAAAUCGCUUCGAUCCGAACUCCCCCGACUCGUUGAACACCUCGAUGACGAGAAACGAAAUAAUCAACAUAAACAAGCACCUCCCCGUCGGCCAGCCCGGCUCCGAGGAGGAGAGGACGCCGAGGAAGAACAAAAACUUCGGUAACAGUUUUAAUAACGUCCAAACCGAUAAGAAGAAAGGUGCCCCAGAAAACUCUAGAGCUGACACGAUCAACACGAAAUCGAACGCGGAAGGCGAGGACGUCUUCGGCAACGACCCUAAUGCUCCGUCUCGGGAGCUCCUCCCGCCGAAAUUUGACGUGACUCCUCUCGUGACGACUACGAUGGGGCCACCGAUUUACUACGAGUGGAAGUGGGCCGUGCCCGCUCUCGACCUGAAACCGCCGAAGAUCAGCAACGUCACCUACGUGAACACGACAGAGCCCGAGAGAAUCGAGAGGCCGAGGUACAGACCGCGGUCGACGACCGAGGAGCCGGACCUGAAGACGCAGAACGUCGAGUACAACAUCAGCUCCUACUUCGUCCCGGACUACGUGUUCCCCCUGGACGGCAGUCACCCCGGGUACGAGGGAGACCACGCGCAGACCUCGUUCCAGGUGGAGAUCUCGCGGCCCGGCCGGUCCAGCUUCGGCGAGAACCCCGCCUGCCCGCACUGCCACCCCGCCUACCUCGACCCCGGCUCCUGCGAGCCCUGCGUCGUCCAGCGGUAGUCGAGCCGCGUCACACCCGCCAUCACACCUAACAUUUCAAGAGAUCGGUGUAACGUUACAGGAAUUAUAAUAAGGAAUUUAACAAUUCACCGACGACCACAUUUAAAGACGAAUUCGUGCCUUUUCAAGUCAUUAAAGAGCUUUCGUUAAAAAUAUUUUACAAAGUAAUGAUUAAGUCGAUUUGUUAACGAAAUCGACUUAAUUAUACGUUUAUAAGUGGCUAACAUUCUUCCACAUGAGUUUGAUAUAGACGCUAUAUCGAACCUAGCAAAUGUGGAUAGACCCUCCUCGCUAGUUGUUAUGAUCGUUGGUUUUCACCGACGCGAUGCAGUUUCUUUUAUUUUAUAGUUAAUGUUAAGGUUAGAUACGUUAAGCUUUUGUACAGAAUCGACAUGGCCGACGAAUUUAUAGCUUUAAAGUCUGAGUUUGCUUCUACUUCUUUACUUUCGAACAAACCUCCAUUGAUACUUUUAUAUUCUUUUUGUAGCUUCUAAAACUCUCUUAUCUCCUUUAUACAAUAUGAUAUAGUUUAUUAUAAUGAAUAUUAGAAUUUAUUGUAAUAUUUUAUACGUCUAAAGAUAUUUUAAAUGUUAUAAAUAGUGUAAAUAGAUACUAGUAGUAAGGUCCAGGGCCCAACUCGAAUAAUGUCAAUUAUAUUAUCUCGAUGAAGUAUCUUGUAAUAAAACUGUAAAUAAAUCUUUUUAGAUACAUUUUAAUUAUUAUAACAUACAGAAUUAAUGUUUAUAUUUAAAGCUAUUUUAAUACAAAGCACGAGCUAUGUUGGUUAAUAAUAAAUUAUUUAAAUAAA